GGAGGGGAGUGGAGGAGGAGGAGAGAGCAGUGUAUACCGCAGACAUCAUUUCUACUACAGUGGCAGAGACGUCCAGGACCUGUUUCACUGCAGGGGGAUAAAAAACAAGCCCUGUGGAUCAGCAACAGCAGCAGCAAGCAGCAACAGCCGCCGCAAGACAUUGUUUCUCUCCCUCUGCCCCCCUUCCCCAAGCAACCCCAGAUCCAUUUACACUUUACACUGCAUCUCAAGGCAAGCCAGCAGGGUGGUCCAUUCUGACUACGGAUUUAUUCAUGGUUUUUGCAUAGCAGCCCCUUCUCCCAUCAUCACAACUGGGAAGUGUACUAUAAAUCAGCAUCUUGGAACACAAUGAAAGAGUUUAUUCCCAGGCCUCAGAAGAAGUUUAGCUGUUGCCAGUGAGAAAGAGAGCCAGGGUGGACAGAGGGCUGCAUGAACGGUCUUGAAACAUACCUGAUUUUAGACCUGGGCAGUCAAUAUUUAUUGAAUUUCCCUACUGCCACUACUUUUGAUUCAAGCAGCAUCUGCCUGAAAAGACCUUCCAGGGAGAAUGAAUUCACUGAUAAUGCUUCUACCUUCUUCAUCCUGAUGAAAGCACAUGUACAGUUUUCCAAAGAAGUUAGACCUGUUUCUUGGUGAAGAGAAGGCAACGUGCUUUUCCCAAAAGGUUUUUUCCUCUUUCUUAUGAAAGAGAAAAGGCACCUGAGCCUCUGAGCAAUCCAGCAACUUCUGAAAAAUCUCCAUGGUGAAGAAUAAGCCAGGACAACCUGUAAAAGGACAUAGUGAAUGUUGAUUUCAUUGGAUAGACCCAUAAGACAUAAGAAGACCUGAGAGUGGAAAGAGGGCAGAGGAGUGUGUGGAUGAUUGCAGUGGAGGGAGGAGAAUCCACAGCAGCUGUUGGAAGAUUGUGCUCAUAGGGAGAUGAUUCCUCAUGAAGUCUCUGGAUCCCCUUCAGAAAUCAAAUGCGACUUUCCAUUUACCAGACUGAAACCAGAACUAGCCAGACAGUGAAGCAAGCGCAGUGGAGGGGGGACGGCGAAAAAUGAAAUCCAACCAAGAACGGAGCAACGAAUGCUUGCCUCCCAAAAAACGUGAGAUUCCUGCCACUAGCCGGCCAUCGGAGGAGAAGCCAGUGGUCGUGCCAAACGACAACCACAGGGCCGAGAGCUUAACAUGGCUCCCCAGCACUCAGAGUGGACAAGGCAACAUGGGCGGGAGGCCUGGUCCGGGGGGGACCUCAACAGCCGAUCUUGGUUUACAGCAGGGAAUAGGUUUACACAAAUCACUGUCCACAGGGAUGGAUUAUUCUCCGCCCAGUGCCCCCAGGUCUGUUCCAGCCACUACCACGCUCCCUGCGGUGUACCCUCCCCCGCAGUCAGGGACCCCAGUGUCCCCCGUGCAGUACACACACUUGCCGCACACUUUCCAGUUCAUUGGGUCCUCCCAGUACAGUGGGCCCUAUGCUGGCUUCAUCCCCUCCCAGCUGAUCUCCCCUACAGCCAAUCCUGCCACCAGUGGAGUGGCCUCUGCCGCUGUGGCCACCACUCCAUCCCAGCGCUCUCAACUGGAGGCUUAUUCCACUCUGCUAGCCAACAUGGGCAGCUUGAGCCAGCAGCCAGGGCACAAGGUUGAGCAGCCGCAGCAUCUGAUCAGGACUCCAGGGCUUAUCACGGCAGGGUCCCCACCACCCACACAGCAGAACCAAUACGUCCACAUUUCCAGCUCUCCCCAAAGCGCUGGGCGUACCAUGUCCCCUCCGGCCAUCCCAGUCCACCUGCAUCCCCAUCAGACGAUGAUCCCCCACACACUCACGCUGGGGCCUUCCUCCCAGGUGGUGGUGCAAUACACAGACUCUGGUGGUCAUUUUGUUCCCCGGGAAUCCACUAAGAAGACCGAGAGCAGCAGGCUACAACAGGCCAUCCAGGCCAAGGAGAUGCUGAAUGGUGAGAUGGAGAAAAGCCGGAGGUACGGCGUCCCCUCCUCUGCAGACCUGGGCUUAGUGAAGGCAAGCGCAAAGACGGCCUCUCACCACUAUGAAACCAGGCACGUCGUGGUCCACUCGAGCCCCACUGACUACAGCACCCGAGAUUCCUCGGGGGCCCGGACCUCCGUCAUGGUCCUGCCCAACAGCAACACCCCUACCACAGACAUGGAAGUCCAGCAGGUCACACACCGAGAAGCCUCCCCAUCCACCCUCAAUGACAAGAGCAGCCUCCAUUUAGGGAAGCCCAGCCACCGGUCUUAUGCUCUGUCCCCGCAGCAGGCUCUGGGUCCCGAGGGUGUGAAGGCCACAGUGGCCACACUGUCACCACACACUGUCAUCCAGACCACCCACAGCGCUUCGGACCCCCUCCCCGUUGGACUUCCAGCCACGGCCUUCUAUGCAGGGACUCAGCCACCGGUCAUCGGCUACUUGAGCAGCCAACAGCAAGCAAUCAGUUACGCCGGCAACCUGCCGCAGCAUCUGGUGAUCCCCGGGACCCAGCCUCUGCUCAUCCCUGUGGGGGGCGCUGACAUGGAGCCAUCUGGGGUAGCCCCUGCGAUCGUUACUUCAUCUCCACAAUUUGCAGCAGUGCCUCAUACAUUUGUCACUACCACCAUUCCCAAGAGCGAGAACUUCAGCGCCGAGUCCCUGGCCACUCAGGCAGCCUACCCAGCCAUGGUGCAGGCCCAGAUCCACCUCCCCGUGGUCCAGUCCAUUGCAUCAUCCACAGCUGUUCCCCCAACACUGCCCCCUUACUUCAUGAAAGGGUCAAUCAUCCAGUUGGCCAACGGAGAGCUGAAGAAGGUUGAGGACUUGAAAACAGAAGACUUUAUCCAGAGUGCUGAGAUUAGCAAUGACCUGAAAAUAGACUCCAGCACCGUAGAGAGGAUUGAAGAUAGCCCUACCCCAGGCAUUGCAGUAAUCCAGUUUGCAGUUGGAGAACAUCGAGCACAGGUCAGCGUUGAAGUCUUGGUAGAAUAUCCUUUUUUUGUAUUUGGACAAGGCUGGUCAUCAUGCUGCCCCGAGAGAACCAGCCAGCUCUUUGAUUUGCCAUGUUCCAAACUCUCAGUCGGGGAUGUCUGCAUCUCGCUCACCCUCAAAAACCUGAAGAACGGCUCUGUUAAAAAGGGCCAGCCCAUGGAUUCAGCCAGCAUCUUGCUGAAGCACUCAAAGAAUGACAGUCUAGUAGGAAGUAGACACAGGUAUGCCGAGCAGGAAAAUGGGAUUAAUCAGGGAAGUUCACAGAUGCUAGCAGAAAACGGUGAACUAAAGUUUCCAGACAAAAUAGGAUUGCCUGCAGCACCCUUGCUCACCAAAACAGAACCCAGCAAGCCCGUGGCAACAAGGAAGAGGAGGUGGUCUGCACCCGAAACACGGAAACUAGAGAAAUCAGAUGAGGAGCCGCCUUUGACUCUUCCCAAGCCUUCUUUUAUUCCUCAGGAGGUUAAGAUUUGCAUUGAAGGUCGAUCUAAUGUAGGCAAGUAAAGGCGCUUUGGGGGAAAAGAAAUUAGGCUCUCCCUUGUCAUUUUUAUCCAGAUUACUGUACUGUAGGCUAAAUAACCCAGUAUUUACAUGUUAUCAUCUUAUUUUAGGUUUAUGUUAUAACGUUGUUAUAGUUGCAGCUGGUAUUAUGCAGGAGACUGGUGCAUAUGUUUUUGUUUUUGUUUUUUUCCACAAGCUUUUGUCAGUGAUCAGGUUGGUUGGGAGCUAAAGCUGGGGCACUCUAGGCUCCUCACAGAUACUUAAUGGAAAUGAACAUGGCAUCCUGGCUCCUGCCUUUUUUCUGACAGUGCAGAAACACCUGGUGUCCAGCUGACUUCUGCUGAUUCUUUCUCAUGAGGCCACAGAAAGGGAAUUGGAAUGGAAGAAUCAGAGUGAAUGUGUGAGAGUGUGUGCCUCUGUGUGUGUGUGUGUGUGUGUGUGUACACAUGGAUGCAGAUGUAAGUGGUUAUCUCUUUCUCUCUGCCUCUCUCAGUCUCUCUCACUCACAGCAUGAAAUUAUAGCUCCAUUGCAGUUGUCAUUACGAGGUUCUCACACACAAAAUCAACAUUAGGAACCCAGCUUUAAGGCAUCUUCAAGAGGCAUCAGGCAGGAAGCAAAUAGUUUAAAAUCACAUUUCUCUUCAACUUAUUUUACAAUGAAAGCGACUUUUAAUCCAAUAAAUAUAUAUCUAUAUAUAAACAUAUAUUUUCCCCCAUGGGGCCUGACUGCACUGAUAUUUUUCAUAGAGCAACUGCCACGUGUGGAUUCCAUUUCUGCUUUGCUAAUGACAUUGCAAGGGUGUAACUUCAUGGAAAAAAAAAUCUAGUCCCCCUCUUGCAUUGCUAUGUUGAGAUUGGGUUGGGUUGGUUUACAUUGGGUUGAGUAGGGUAUGGUAUUCUCCAUGGGAAAAUGGAGAGAGGGGUAGUGGUUCACCCUAUAUAGAGCUGCCAGCAAAGGCCUACUCUCAGUUUUCAUGCAGUGUUAGAAAAGCAGAUUGGGUUUUUCCAUGGACAUUUGCUUCUAAGAGGUAGAUAUGUCCUGCCCCUUCACUGAGUGCAAACCGAAUCUGUUUGCACUUUAGUUGGCAAAUCUUUUGUCUUUUUAACUCUAGUACUGUUUAUAGUUCAUGAUUAUGGACGACCUGGUGCCACUCUUUCAGAUUUCAGUGUGACACACAGAAUGGUAUGUGGAAAAUGAACAGAAUGUCUUUAAGCACUUAAAUGCUAUUCACACUUUAUUACCGAGCAUCUUGGUCUAUCACUCAACUAGUACUGUAUCUCACUUUUCAUCUGUUCGGGAAGAAAAACAUACACACAGAGAAGUUACUUUCCCAUCCCUCCCUGCCCCCAGCACUGUCAACUCUACUAUAGUUUGGGAGAGUUUCUCGUGAGCAAGAUGUUGGAAAUUUUUAUGUGGUUUAAAGGGAUGAAUGUGAAUUAUGAACCAGUAUGUGACAGCAAACGUCCACCAUGGGCAACUCGAAAGGAGGCACUUUUAUUUAAACUCUGAUGCUUGAGAAAGAGUAAAGGCAUAUUUGGAGCUGACAGAAAAUCAGAGGGAAAAAAUGAGAGAAAAGGAAUAGAGGGAAAAUACUCAUUUUUUGUCCAGUGUUUUUUUUUUUAAGGAUUGACUUUAAAGAAUCUUGCAAUUUGCACAUCUUGAGUUUAUCAUUUAUGUAGUGUUCCUUCAGUUUUUAUCCAAUAAUGUUAUGGGGAAGGGGGUGGGGGGCUGAAAGAGCAUAAAUAAAUGUAGCAGUUUCUUUCUAACCUGCCUACACUCUAGGCCAUUUUAUAAGGUUAUGUUCCUUUCAGAGUUCAUUUUGAUCUUUAUAUCACAUCUAUCACAAAGAACCAGGACUUAACAAGACAACUCUGAAAAUCUUCAGAUUCAUUGAAAGUUUUCCUUACUAGGCAUUUCUAUAUGUGAUCAAGUUUUUUUUAAAGAAAACUUAUUUUAAUAUUAAUAUGAUUAUUAUUAUUUUAAUAAUGACUUCUUUUCCAUUUGAAAUCAAAUCUGGAGUUCAGGUUUUGGUACAAAACAGGAAAGGGUAUCAUGAGUUUUCAACCUUUCAUUCCCAGAAAUCUGAAACAUCUGGGCUUUUGAGUUUGCAUUUUUACAGUGAUUUUAAGAAACUGUGCUGAUAGAGGUGGUAGGGAGACAAUCAAAUUUACAGUUUCCCUAUUCAAGUUAUAAUAACCAAAUGGAAUAAAUUUUCAUCUGAUAUUUCCUCUGUUAUCUAAUAUAGUACUUCCAACUCCUCAUAGAAAUGUUCAGAAAAUUCAAAUAUCAACCCAACUUUUAAUUCUCUUGUUUGUUACUUGAAAUCUAGGUAAGACCAGAACUAAUUCUUUUUGUACCAUUUUCUGAGAUGUACCAAAAACAUCAGAAUAAGUUUAAAAUAGCUUGAAACUUUUCUUGAAUUUUAUUAACCUCUCAGCAUGUUAGCAAACAGCAGUCUUGCUGCUUUUAGUUCUGUAGUUUUUAAAUGUUUCUGCUUGGAGAACUUGCUUAAUCUUCCAUAUACUCUGCUCAGGGCAUUUGCCAUUCAUUGAGUUUCCUUUUUCUUUUUCCUUUUUUCCCCCUUUCUUUUUAACUUUUGAUAUUAAGAGAAAUAUGGGGCCACCGUCCAGACAUAGCUUUUAUCAGCACCACUAUAGAUGGUGAUUCACACAUCCUUCCUCAGAAAGACACACACCUUCUGACGAACCAAGAAACAAGGACUUUCAAACUUACUGGACCUACGGAAUUACUCAACACUAAAAUGGGAAAACAUACACUGUUUGGAGCAAUAGGAACAUAAUUGUAAUUUAUGUGCUUUCUAUUUCAGGUAUAGAAAUUACAGAAUGAUUGAUUCUUUCUCAAUGUUAUCCCAUUUGAUUCUCUUGCUUUAUUUAUUUAUUUUUAGCAUGUGCAAUACUUCAUGUGCCAAUGUAGAUUCACCAGUGUGCUGAUAGCUCUCUUUCAUACUCUUCUGACUUUGUCACCAUUUGGUUAUUGCUCCUCUCCCCAGAACCUUCUGCAGAGGCAGGGCAGAUUCAAAAACUAGCUCCUUGCCAUCCAUCUCCCUGCUCUUGUCUCUGAGCAUCGCAUGUACAACUCAGGGGCAGCAGGAGGCUCUUCACCUUUUAAAGAAGUAUCCUAUUUGUCUUCACAUUUCAAAAAUAACAACCAACAAAUAAAAAUGCAGAUCAGACCCAGGAGAAGGGGGCAAAAAAAAAGACAGUAUGAGUUCCCCCAGUGACAACAAAAGUGGUAGUAUAGAUGAAAAAGGUAAAUGGAGGGAACCGACACCAUUCACACGAUGGGCUCAUCAGCAUCAGCCAGGUAUCGGUCCAUUUCCCAAAUGGUCUUUCUCAUGAGUAGAAGUAGAACCAGUAUCCUUGCCUGUUCACUUAUGCCUGUACUUGUAUCUCUGGGUGAGUGCAGGUCCCAGUGUAUCCUGGGUGUUGUCCAGACACAAGCAUUGGUGCCCAUUUUAGGAGUGUGCUGUCAGCUAGUAGCAGUUGGAAUCCAAGUCAAACAGCGGAGACUUAGCAGCAGCAGCAGCAGCAGCAGCAGCAGCAUCUGUUAAAGAAGAUUCAGAAAGGACUGGGGCUGGGGGUGAGGGAGGCAGCUCUUUCAGCUGGCCGAAAAUGGUUAGCCUCAGCUCAUGGCUUCCAGACCUGUUGCUUCCAUUGCUACGAACGGACAGUUUUGGUCGUUUUUUGUUCCUUUGUUUUCUGUAGCGAACAACAAUUACAGGCAUAGAAAUAUUUAGGUAUCAUUCAGCUUAAGAGAAUCAGUCACGUACCUCUCUGUACAGUGCCCACUUUGCAAUAUUUACCAAGUUGGGUUUUUGUUUUGUUUCAUUUUUGUUUUGUUUUACCUAAUAGCAGGCCUUUUCGUUUACAAUGGAACACAAUCACCAAGAAAUUAGUCAGGGCAAACAUAAAUAAUAAUAAUAAUAAUAUUAAUAAUAAUAAUAACAAAAACCUCUCUUUAUAGGGAUUUCUAAAUAUAUAAAUGACUGUUCCUUAGAGUGUUUAACUUAGGAAUUGUUUCAGUUUGUCUGGGCCACAUCGGGGUGGGGGGGGGGGAUAUGGAGUUUGAUGCCACUUACCUCAAGUCCUUCUUAGUGGAAAUCCAAAUGUCAUUUUCAUUUUAAUUCACAUAAUGACUUUUCUAUCGAUUUUUCAUUUCCUCCCUUAUCUCUACCAUCUCACCUCUACUCGCCUACAAGUCAUCUGAAUUCAGGCUGGGACUGUUGUUGUUUUUCUUUUUUCUUUUGAUCCCAGUGGUAACUCUGAAUUGUGAACCUCCUAUUGUGUCAACUUUUUGUGUAUGUGUGUACCAGGAAGUGGCAUCACUACUCUGUCUCCCCUAUCAAGGAACGUUGCGGAACCUUUCACACCUCUUAACUCAGGGAUGGGGCUGGCGUGUGUGUGGUGCACUGAUGUGUCCAGAAGCAGCACUUUGUCUGCUCUGGGGUAGGGUUGUUCAAUUUCAAGGAGAGUUUGGAUUUCCUGCAUCAUGUGGACUACUUCCUAGAGACUGCAUAGGUUGCAAUACAACGCUGCACGUUCUGAACGGAACUGUAGCUUUUAGUGAUCACAAAAAUCUACUCUGUGCACAGAGUUUGAUCUUUACAGAAAUCUGUUGCCAAAACUUUGGGUUUUUCUUUUGUCUGUUUGUUUUUGUUUUUCAAAGGAAACAAUUGACAAUACCCUGUUAACACUUAUGACUACUACUAAAGAAAAUCAAUUCCUUUCCGUGAAGAGCAAAUCUCACAAGCUUUCUAAGACACUAAUGCCAUGUUAUUUCAGAGAUGGGCGAACCAGAGUUCUUAGGCUAGAAGGCCCCAUUCACAAGAUCUGGCAGUUGUCUUAGCUCCUGUGGAGGGAAUGGCAACAGGACAAAUGGUGGUGGCCUGGGCUCUCCUAAAACCCCUCAGGCUUCCUUUCUCUGUCACCUACAAUGGCACCCGGAGAAGAACAGGGCCUACAUAAUCUGCAGCCCUGCCCAAUGCUUUGGUGGUGAUGUGAAAAGCAAAGGAAAUGAAUUAUACUUUUGUAAGUGGAGUGGGGGCUGUUGAUUCCUUUUUUUGUGUGUGUUUUAACCCCAAAUUUCUGAAAUGUAAAAUUUAAGAACACUUUGAGUAAUAGAGAUAUCUAGAGAAAUGACUUUUCUUUUUUAUUUUUUUUAAAGCACAUACAAUAUAAUAUUGUGUUCGGCUGAUUUCCUCUAUUUUCCAAGGACAGUGUUGUGUUUCUGUUGAUAGGGAAAUUCCAAACAACUUGCACACCUCUACUCCAGAGCUAAAAUUUCUUUUACAUAGACGACCUCGCUUCAGAUGUGUUACCUUACUGAUAGAAUCUUUCCUUGUAGCACUAUACCUUGUGGAAAUAUUUUUUUUAAUGUAAACCUAAUUUGAAAAGCUUAAGAAAAAAACUUUUUUGAAGCACUCACAUUGAGGAGUACAGGUAAUUUUUUUUAAAUUGCACAAAAGAAAAAUGAAUGUUGAAAUGAUUCAUUCAGUGUUUGAAAGACAUGGACCUGUUGAAACAGUGAGUUUCAUACCUUGUUUGUAAAAAAAAUAAUAAUAAUAAGCAGAGAAAGGUUAAAAGUUACAUGUUGGCUAUUUUUUUCUUUUUUUGUAAAUAGAAAUCUGUCGUGUCUAGAUGAUGGGAUUUGUAUGGUUAUGGCCAGGAGGAGUUACUAUUUAAAAGGCUCUUAAACUACAACUAUGCUUACUGUUAUCUUUAUGUUACAUGGGUUCCUCAUUUGAGGGAGGGGAACUCCAUUUGGAGCUGAGAGAGCGCUGUCCGCCUAGACCUGUGCUGAAAGGCCUCAGAGCUUCUCCCUGCUCUGCUCCCAGCCUUCCCAGCUUUGACUUGUAAGCCAUUGCAACUCCUUUUUGGUUUGGGUUUUUUUUUUUCCCUGAGAUGAUGUUUGAUAUCUUCAGCACUUCCUGUUCCAACAAAUCCAAAGAAUAUAAUCUCGAACAAGAAGUGUUUGUAACAAAGGAACCUUCCUAGCUACCAAUAAAUAAAGGACUCAUUCAAAAAGAAGAAAAAUAAAAGUUGGCCUUUUGUCUCACCCUCCCCUCAUACCUCAUUUAAAUGGGGGCUGUGGUAAAGACAUGGAUUUUAAUUUGAAAGCCACAAUCUACUUGCAACAGGUUACUUUAAUUUGAUUUUUAAAAAAUAAUUCUAGUGAUGCAGAGGCCAAAAUCAAUGGAAUGUGGAGCAAUUUCUGAGAAAAGAGCCCUUUUGUUCUGGUCCAAAGAUCAGGUUGGACAGCAGGAAACCUGAACACCUGUGGGGUGAAGGGGGGCCGUUUGGGAGGUCACAGAAACCUCCCCACAGUUCUUAAAAUUCAGCAUCUUUCCCCCUCCCUUCUAGCUGGUAUUUAACUGUCUGGCCACAUUUGGGGGAGGGGAGAAGAGCAUGGGGGUCAGUUUGUAAUAUCCCCAAGACUCACAUCAAAAUGGCUCAACUGUAUUAACAUUUAAGUGCAUUUGACCAAUAGGUAGUAUCUAUACAAUAACAGUCUAAGGAUUUCAGCAACUUUUCUCUUACCUAAAAGGACUCAAGUCUUCCACUGAGCAUAAAUUGGAGACUUCAUCCAAGUUUUCUUUUCUAUUUUAUUUGUCAGUUCAUUUCCUUUCUGGGUGGUCAGAGAGCCUGUCUCCUUUCCCUUGGCUAAUCUGUAGGCCUGUAUUGGAAGCAUUGUUUACAGUCAUACUCACUGCGGCAGAUACUGUCCUUCAAAGUACCAUGGGAGAAAACAAUCUUGAAAAGUCAGCUGGCUUUAAUCAGCAGUUACCCCAAGAGUCUAGGUUCAUGCCCCCUUUUCCCACCUCCCCCCACUCUGAGGCUUAGGUGACCUACCUGCCCUUAAGUUAUUAUAUGGUCAAGGAGUGGCGUAUUCCUCAUAGACAGUUGAUGGAUGUUGAAACUCAAUAUUUAUGUACAUUUAGAUCAUAGACUUGCUUGGUUCUUAAGCAUAUGUUAUUUCCAUGAACACUGCCUCUGUGCCGUGUUAAGGUAGGGAUUCCCCAUUUACCCCCACUCCCUCACCCACUAAUUAUGAACUCAAAUUACAGUGUCAACUAAAAGGAGGUUUUAUUUUUUUUUUCUUAGCCCUGUCAGUAUUUUCCGUGGCCUUAGGCACAAAGAGAGAAUCUUCGUUUCUAGCCAGGGUCAUCCAUCCUGGGCCCAGAACCAUCUCUGAGAUUUGUCCUGUUGGAUGUUUUAAUGUUGGGUCAUCGUCCCAUCACACUUCCAAUCUUCUGCCUCCCACGGGCCAAGUGAAAAGAGACACUGGAGAUUUGUGUUGGGGGCACUGUUGGGCUGACGUGGCCAGUACCAAGGAGAACUAGGGAGGGAAUCAUGUUUUGCACCUUAUUGAAAAGAAAAAAAUUUUAAGUGCAUACAUAGUUAAGAGCUUUUAUUGUGACAGGAGAACUUUUUUCCAUAUGCGUGCAUACUCUCUGUAAUUCCAGUGUAAAAUAUUGUACUUGCACUAGCUUUUUUAAAACAAAUAUUAAAAAAAUGGAAGAAUUCAUAUUCUAUUUUCUAAUCGUGGUGUGUCUAUUUGUAGGAUACACUCGAGUCUGUUUAUUGAAUUUUAUGGUCCCUUUCUUUGAUGGUGCUUGCAGGUUUUCUAGAUAGAAAUUAUUUCAUUAUUAUAAUAAAACAAUGUUUGAUUCAAAAUUUGAACAAAAUUGUUUUAAAGAAAUUGUCUGUAUACCAGUACAAGUUUAUUGUUUCAGUAUACUCGUACUAAUAAAAUAACAGUGCCAAUUGCAA